AUGGCAAAGUGGAGAGCCGCCAACCUCCUCCUUCUCGCAGCGCUGGCACUGCUGCUGCGAACCAGGGGGGCCUCGAUCGAAGUGGAAAAUGACGCACAAGAAGAAAAAGAGCUCCACCUGUCAAGGAUAAAGGAUGCCUACAGCUUUUUGGAGGCCUCCUUAAACGCCCUGGAAGUUAAUACCCCCCAUUCUCUGGACGAAGCAGAUCCGAAGAAACUAUCACAGAAACAACUGGGUUACGCUCACCAUGAGAUGCUUAAAAAACUGAAACUUCAGAAGUUAAAUAACAUCACCAACAUUAGGAAUGUCAUCAUUAGGUGUGUCUCGGAUUCGAUCCAACACGCGAUGGGCGCCCUAGUGAGCAUCCUCCAGGAAGUCCUAAGCUACAACGAAUUCUGCACGUCGCUCGAUGAGCACUUUUCAUACCUAUACGAAACGAACGUUACUUUCAAACAAAUAAUAAAGUCCUGCAGCACCUCAACGGAAAUCGAGCUGAGGGAAAAUUAUUUAUCCCUAUAUGUGGAGGACUUUAAAUUAAUUUUACAGGUGUUAAAAAACCCAAACAUUACAUUCCGCGAUUUUGAUGAUAUCUCAAAAUGCUUCGUGGAAUUUUACAAAUCAUUUAUUACCCCCUUUCAAGCGUAUGUCCCUCGCACGUCAUUAUACAUGGAAUUUAUUAAAACGCACAAAAAUUUUAACGACUAUUACUCAGAAGCAGAAAUAGUUAGAGAGUUUCUUAAAACUUACCUCACAGGCAUGUCUACGGAACAAAUCACUCUCUUCUUUGACAAUCUAUUUAAUAUAUACACACGUUCUUUUUCCUAUGGCCGGUGCUUGUAUCAUCAAAAGUGA